AGUUCAAAAUAUAUUACUUUAAAGCUUAAACAAAGAAGACAAGGACCAUGACGUGGUCUCUUCCCAUAACUUCUGGGGAGAGAAGUAGUACCUGCACUCACAUGAGAGGCCAUGGCAUCAUUUAUAGGUUUCCAGGCAUUGCCCUUUUUUACGUCAAAUUCGAAGAACAAGUGUGGGAGUCGAGUGCAAGUGAGGAGUUUAAGUGGUGCUGAUUCUACAGUGUUGUCCUCAGACUCAGUUGUGGUGAAUGGAACUUCUAUAGGUGGGGAGAGAGGGAGAGGUGGGACUUCAAUUGAUCAAGCAAAUGGGCAGCUAAGGUCUAAAGUUGAGGAGAAGAGGAAGGUAGAGUAUGAUGCUUUGGAAACUUUGAAGCCAUUGUGGGAUGAUGGGUAUGGGACUGAGACUAUAAAAGAUUACUUUGAUAUAGCCAAAGACAUUGUUAAGCCUGAUGGUGGGCCACCACGGUGGUUUUCCCCCAUUGCUUGCGGAUGCCCUUUGAAGGAUUCUCCAGUUCUUCUCUUUUUGCCUGGGAUGGAUGGUACUGGUUUGGGACUUGUUUUGCACCAUACAGCUCUUGGGAAGGCUUUCGAAGUCUGGUGCCUGCAUAUCCCUGUUCAUGAUCGUACACCAUUUGAAGGGCUGGUAAAACUUGUAGAAGAAACUGUGAGGUCUGAGCAUGCUUCAUCUCCACAUAAGCCAAUUUAUUUGGUGGGGGAUAACUUUGGAGGAUGCCUAGCACUUGCUGUUGCUUCUCGCAAUCCUGCGAUUGACCUAGUUCUGAUAUUAUCCAAUCCAGCAACAUCAUUUGGCAGGUCUCAGCUGCAGCCACUGUUUCUUCUCCUGGAGGCUAUGCCCGAUGGACUGCACAGUGCAGUUCCCUAUCUUGGCUCUAUUAUGGGUGAUCUAGUGAAGAUGGCAGCGGUUAAUAUUGAAAGCAUGCUUCCUCCUGAGCAAAGAUUUGAAAGGCUGUCUGGGUUGUUACCAUAUCUUUCUGAUUUUGUUGAUAUUAUACCAAUGGACUCUCUUCUUUGGAAGCUGAAGCUGCUGAAAUCAGCUGCUGCUUAUGCUAAUUCCCGUCUCCAUUCUGUUAAAGCUGAAGUUCUUGUGCUAUCUAGUGGCAAGGAUAAAAUUCUUCCUAGUAGAGAUGAAGCUGAACGACUUAAGAACUCAUUACAAGAUUGUGUUGUUCGUUACUUCAAGGACAGUGGGCAUACCCUUUUAUUGGAAGAUGGAAUUGGUUUGAUGACAGUUAUUAAGGGUACUUUCAAAUAUCGUUGUGCAAGGAGGCUUGAUAUUACCUCAGAUUUUCUUCCUCCUAGUAUGACCGAACUCAAAUAUUUCAGUGAUCAAAUAACCGGGUUGUUUCGCAUUGCUACUGAUCCGAUACUGUUCUCAACUUUGGAAGAUGGAAAGAUAACGAAAGGUCUUGCGGGUGUUCCAAGUGAAGGUCCUGUGAUAUUAGUUGGUUAUCACAUGUUUAUGGGACUGGAACUCCCUUCACUUGCUGAAGGAUUCUUAAGGGAGAAGAACAUUAUGAUUCGUGGCUUAGCGCAUCCCCUGUUGUUUACGAGGAUGUUUGAGAGUUCAUCUUCUGAAUUUUCUAUGAUUGAUUGGGUGAAAGUGUUUGGUGCAGUACCUGUUACUGGAAGCAAUUUUUUCAAAUUGCUUUCAACAAAAUCACAUGUGCUUCUUUAUCCUGGUGGGUCACGUGAGGCUCUGCAUUACAAGGGAGAAGAAUACAAGUUAUUUUGGCCUGACCAGCAGGAAUUUGUGAGAAUGGCAGCACGGUUUGGGGCCACAAUUGUACCGUUUGGAGCUGUGGGAGAAGAUGAUAUAGGAGAAAUGCUUCUUGAUUACAAUGAUCUAAUUAAGAUCCCAGUGGUUAAUGAUUUAAUCAGAGAUGCUAUCAGCCAAAAUACGUUGAAAGUGAGGGAUGAAACAAAGGGGGAGGUUGCCAACCCAAACCUCUUUUUUCCAUUGAUGGUACCCAAGAUACCUGGCCGCUUCUAUUAUUUGUUUGGGAAGCCCAUAAAAACAAAGGGAAGGGAAGAUAUUCUGAAGGACAAACAAGUUGCAAACCAAUUGUAUUUGCAGAUAAAAGCUGAGGUCGAACGCAAUAUGGCAUUCUUGAUUGAGAAGCGGGAGGAGGAUCCUUAUAGGAGUAUUGUUGAUAGAACAUUGUAUAAAGCAAUGCAUGGUCCAAUUGAAGUUCCAGCAUUUGAGACCUAAAAAAUGGUUUUGAAAGGUAUAUUGUUGUCUUAAAUCCAUUCAAUUAUUUCUUUUUUCCCAUGGAAAAAGGAUAAGGUACAAUGUCAUUUUUGUUCUCAAUAAAGGCUACAGCUAUAGACCAAAUUCUAAGUUGCAAUUAGUGUCUGAUGAG